AGGGCGAGGCGAGAGUUCAGUUCGACGCAAGAGCUUCUGUCAAGAGGUUCCUACCAACCAAGUACUAAAUAAAAAUUUAAAAAUACUACCUCCCACCGCACAUAACAACAAAGUUCCGAUAAACACGCGUAAAAACCCGCCAACUGUACACUCCAAGAAAAAUUCCAUCAAAAUAAUUUGCAAGAAAAAAAAAAGUAUUCACGGGUGCAGGGGGCGUCUCAAGCGCUGAAAAAUCGAAGAAAAACAGCAGAAUUCAAACGAAAUCCCCAGGAGGCAGAGGAAUUGUCUGGAAGUGCGAAGGGGUGAAGGAUUGGUGUGAAAAGGGUCUCAAUAAUAAUUCCAGGGGACGGUAAAUCGAUUGACAUGUAGAGAAAGGUCACAGAAAUCAAUCCGGAAGUUAAACAGGUUUUUUCUUACGGGUUAACUAAUCAGUGAACAACUGGUAAUUUCACAUUGAAUUAUUAUCAAUCACGCAAACUGGCUCCGGAGGUGAGGAUUAAACAAAUUGGAAUGAGGGAGGAUCUCUUGUCCAUAAUUCGACACACUAGCAGCGAUCAUUUUUCUGAAGAGCUUUAGCCGAUAAAUUUUAAGAGAGGUGGAUUAUUUCGUUUGUUUUUCAUUUUUCGUUGAAUUUUUAUUUCAUCAUUCAAUUUAUGGAGACGUAAUUCGGUCAAUUGAGCUGCGGUUAACUGUGAUAGAUUAUAAAUUCAGUGUUGUAAUCGUUUAUUUGACGGAGAUUCAGUAAAAACGGAUCGUGAGAAUAAAUUUUUUACUGGGCUUGACGCCGACGAGGUGAUGCCCUGGGUUGCAGCCUGCCUUGAUCUUCUUGUUGGGCCCAUUAUUGGGUAUUGCAUUGUUAUAAGAAGAUUGGCACUUCAGGCUGGAAUUAUUCAGGAAGAAGUGACUGAUUCUGACAAGAAAAUGGCACCUUGCGCUGAGGAAAAACGAGAGGCUGGGGGUGAUUCAGGAGUGAGAAAAUCGGGGACCACUAAAUCCCCGAGGAAAUUCUCUGGAGUUGUGAUAGCGACAUCCGGACUUCCGGCCCGUGGAAAAUCCCACGUCGCCCAGAGUCUGGCCCGGCGCCUGAAUUGGAACGGCGAAUCCGCAAAAGUGAUGCGUGUCAGUGAUUAUCGCCGUAAGAAGCUCGAGCUUUACGGUACACACGAGCUUUUCCGACCAGAUCAUGCAGCCAACUCAGCCCUGAGGUCAUUGGCAACCCGAGACGCAAUGCACGACUGCGCCGGAUGGUUGGCAUCAGGAAAUACCGUAGCAAUUCUGGACGGUUGCCUGGUGAGGAAGGAUCAGCGAGCCGAGGUAUUUGAUUACUUCAAUAAUCAGCUGGGCUACCGUGUCCUCUUCAUCGAGUGCACCUGCAGCGAUGAUGAUGCCCUGGAGCGUAAUUACGCCGAGGUAAUACGUUACAGUGUUGAUUAUGCUGGAAUGGAUCCAGUGGCUGCUGCUGAGGAUCUCAAGCUCAAGGUUGACCACUACGUGAUGGCUUAUGAGCCCAUGGAUGAGAAGAACUAUCCCAGAAUCACUAUUGAUACUGUUACCAUGGACAUUCGUGCUCACAAGGUCUCGGGUCAUGUUGAGUCUAGUGUACUUGGAUAUCUUGGCAGUAUCACCGCUCAACCGCACACACUCUAUUUCUCUCGGCAUGGGGAAAGCGAGUACAAUGUUCUUGGUAAAAUUGGAGGAGACGCCGUACUGAGUGCACGUGGUGAACGUUAUGCCCAGGCCCUUGCCUCCCGAAUAAAUUCAAUGCACAUACCAGACCUUCGAGUAUUGACCAGUCGUCUGCGACGCACUAUUGCAACAGCCAGAAGUAUCGAGGCACCUCAGGAACACGUGGCAGCUCUCAACGAGCUCGAUGCAGGUGUCUGCGAGGGUCUGUCCUACGAAGAGAUGCAGGAGAACUACCCACAAGAGUUCGCAUGGAGAGAUCAGGAUAAAUUGCGUUAUCGUUACCCCUGGGGUGAGAGUUACGUGGACAUAAUGCAACGAGUCGAUCCAGUCCUAGCAGAGCUGCAGCAAUCGAAUAACGUCCUCGUGAUAUCUCACCAGGCAGUGCUACGUUGUCUCAUUGGCUUUUUCCUCGAUAAAAAACCCGAGGAGCUGCCCUACAUGGAGGUACCCCUCCACACGAUCCUUCGUAUCAGCAGUUAUGGCUUUGAAUAUCGCCUCGAGUUCAUUAAAUUGCCCAUUGAGUGUGUCAACACAACGCGCACUAAACCAAAGAACUGCAGUGCAAAUCGCACUGCUGAUGAUGCACUGAUCACUGUACCAGCUCACUACGAUAUACCUGAUCCAUGGAGAAAUCCUGGCAGUGGUCCAACGCUUGUUCAACAACACUGAGGGAUAUUCAACGAGGAGGAGACGUCACCAUCCACGUCAUCCUCUUCAUCUUCGGUUUCAUCGAGCAAAAUCAUCAAGAAUUUGAAGAAAAUCAUUUGAUUGGUCGGUUUUUAAUGCUGAUAACACACCCUGAUCCCUCAAUAAUUUCUUUUCAAUAGCUUUUAAGGUAUUUAAGGUACUUAUGAUUCGUUCAUUUAAUCUUUUAUUAUUCGUGCCUAAAUGUCACUAAAUGCAGCUGAAACCUAAAAAUCAGUGAAUGAAUAUAAAGUUUAUUGGCAUGACUGAGUAGAAUAGACUGUGAAUGUGGGGGAAUGAGUGAUGAUUAUUCUGCAUUUUAUACGUUUUUUUUUUUGACGAUGAUUUGAGAUUUUAAGGGAAAUUCAAAGCUGAAUCAUUGAAUCAGAAAUUGCAAUUUUUUACACAGCACAAUUGAUUAAUUAAUUCACAUGUUGAUUCGUUGAAUGAAUUUAUGGUUAAUAUAUAUUUUAGGGGGAGUCUUUAGGGCUCUCGUUCGACCGCAUAAACAGCAUAAUAUCGUCGUAAUUAGGGGGUAAAGCUUUUUAAAAUCGAGGGACAACUAAUUGUGUCGUUGUUCUGCAUAAAACAAUUAGACUCUGUCAAUGUGUCUUUGAAAAUACGGAUAUAAGGGAUAAAUAAUGUACCUGUAGUCUCACAUUUCGGUUCAGCGUUUCAUGCCACUCAUUGCGAGGGAUUUUUCCAGAUUUUAAUUCUUUCGAUUCAAUCGUAAAUCAGAUGUUUCAAGUAUUUUUAUUUUACGCGGAGAUCCUAGACGAUAAGAACAGAAAAUUAUUAACUAGCCCGAGGUGAUCAGAAUAUUUAGAGAUUAGUUGGUGAGACCUUAUGAUUAAGUCAUAGAGAGUAAUUGCAUAAUGCGAUGUUUUUUUUAUUGUCAUAUAUAUGAGGUAUAAUAAAUAAUUUUUUUACAUGAA